CUUAAAAUAAAAUAAGCGCACAUUAAACAAGUUGGAUAAUUUCUUGCGCAUGAUCAUUAUCAUCUUUUCUCAGAUUCUACUCAUCAAAAGCUGUAAGUUAGAUGUAAACACAGAAAAAAUACGCACACACAUCAAAAACGUAUGAUUUAGUCCACAUUGACGAUAAAAUCUUCUAGGUUAUAUUAUGUUUAUCUUUUAUUGGAUAUUUAACAGUUUAUAUGCAAAAAUAGUUCAACUGUGACCUUUGUCCGUAAAUAUAUGAACAAAUGGAGUUAUUUUUAUUUUUUUAUUACAUUGAUAUGUCAUUAUAACAACUUGUUACUAAGUUGUACAAACAAUUAUUAAUUAGAAUACUGCUAUUGAAUGUUAUGAAUGCAGAUAGUGCUAAUUUUUAUUCAAAUUUUUUUACUGUCAUGAUAUACAUUUACAAUGGAUAGUCCUGAAUACGAGGAAAAAAUCAUCCUCGAAGCUGAUACAAUAUUUCUUCUGAUGAAAAAAGGCUUUCCAAUAUCACGAAAUGUUAGAGCACAGUGGAUAUUGGAUCAUUUAGAUGCAAUAAUCAAUGUAAAAUGUUCUAACUGUGAUAAUGAAGAAAGAUCAGAAUUAGAAAUCAUUUCUGUUGUACCCAAAAAUCCUCCUUCAUCGUGGAAUGAUAGCAAUAGCUAUGAGUAUCAAUAUCGAGUCACUUCAUCCUCUUCUGUGAUUUUUUUGGCUCAUCAGUAUCGAAUAGUUUUUUGUUUAGAUCUGAGUCCAUCACUAGGGACUAUUGAUAUUCAACAUGGUGAAAUUGUCAUUGAUGAAGUUUGUACAGCAACUAAGAAAUCUUUAGAAAGCUUAUCGGAACCUUUUGCAGUUCCAGGAAGUAAAUUUAUACUUCAACCAGAUAUUUAUGUGACAAUAAUUGUUCAUACACCUUUUAUAACAAAUCCAGCCCAACAAAUUUUAGUGCAAGGAUGGCUUGUCAAUACAGAGAAUAUUCGUUACUUGAUGGAGUUCAUAGAAAAACGUUUAAAUGUAUUAGAAGAAAGAAUAGCCCAAGUUACAAGUGUAGUGUACCAACAACAAGAGAAUUUUCGUCCAGAAAGUGCCGGGUUGGUCAGUGGGCUUUUCGAGGAACGAGCUUCUGGAAUGAAUACAAGCAUGACUAACUCUAUAGGGAAUAUAUCAGUUAUUUCUCCAGAAGCCAGCUUCAUUAAUAUGCUGCGGUAUGGUUUGCUUGCUCUUGCUCUUCUGCCUGAGCACAGUUGUGCACAUUUAGUUGUUGUAACUGAUGGAAUUCUUGGAACAACAGAUAUUCAUGUGUUGGAUACAAUAGUUCAACAAUUUCGAGCUUUAACAGUAGCUUGUAGUUUUAUUCAUUUAGGUAGUAUUUAUCAUCCACAUUGUGCCAACGGUCUAGUGUCGUAUCCAGAUCUUCUAAUAUUUAUUGCAACAGCAACUCUCGGUUGUUACAUGACAUAUCUUGAACAAUCGUCAUCAAUCGUUGACUCAGAGAGAAACUCCUACCAUUGGAAUUUUUUAUGCUGGAAGCUUUAUCGAAGCGAAUCUUUAAAUACUCAUACAUCCAAUUACUGGCAUACAGGAAACGCACUCUUUUAUGGCCACCAACAAGCUCAAUUGCUCAGGAAAAAAUUAACUGAUGAUAAAGUCACGUGUUCAUUAAGCAGUCUGCUCUGUUGUCGGUUGAGGGAUGGAUAUCUUAUCAAAAAAGUCGCUCUACGUGACGGAAGCCUCGAAAUAUAUUUUAUUCUGCCUUGGAAAACGCAUGUUUUUCUAGAAUAUUUAGUUUGCAGUACAUGGCCACCAAAAUCAUCACUUACAUGUAAUAAAAUUCAAUAUACUAUUACAGUAGAAGCUCCAUAUGAAUUUUUACAUGAUAUUACAUGUUUAUCAAAGAAGCCACUAAAGUCUAUAUAUCGUCAAAGUGUUGUUUCACGUUUUUGGGCGACUUUGACUGCUCUUACUGAAAGUAAUAACAUGCUGGAACACUUUAGUUGGUUUCCUGAACCAGGCAGAACUUGGUAUAACGUCCCAGAUACUAUUAGAAGUGGUAUGCCAGUUUUUACACCACCUGCAUAUCCCUCAGCCAUUCAACUUAGUGAUACUGCUUAUCAUCAGUUUGGAAAGAUUUGGCAGCCUGUAGCAUCUUUAGAUUCCAACCAAUGGGCACGCUGGAUGCAUUCUCAAAGAGUUACGCUUAUUCUCGCUCAUGAUAGACCUCUUCCCAAAUAUUUGCAUCAAGCAAAUCAGAGUGGAAGAUUUCAAUGUGUUCAGUAUCGUCAAGCAGCAGCAGUUUUAUACGCUAUGUUGAAAAACUGGGCGACUUUUGUGCUUGUAGAAAAUCAUACUUAUGUCCAAUUUAUUCAGAAAGAAAGUGAAAAGCCUCCAAGUUCAUUUUCAGUAAUUAGAAUAAACUGUAAAACACUUUGUGUAGUUUUAAAUGUUGCUUUUGCUGGUGGUACAGAAGGUUCUGUUCGUCAUGCCGUUGUGUCAGAUCUUGUAGAUAAAUUGUCUAAAUUGACUCUACCAAAUAGGCCGACAGAACAACGAGAGACAUCGCCUGCUUGUACAAUUAUUCAUAAAGCUUUAGAGAAGAUAUUAAUUAGAUAUGAAAGAAUGCCAUCCGAUAUGAAUACAAUAGUUUUUCCUGAUGGAACUCAGCAGAUUUCACUGAAAGUAGCACAAAUUCCUGGAGGGUUUUUGACGACAACGUUAUCCAGAUAUCUAUAUCAUAAUAGGUGGCUGUGGAAUGUUAAGAAGCCAGUGAUCCAGACUGUCCCUGGAAUUGUUAUGCCAAGACUGAAUAUUACUGCGAUAUCUAGGAUACUUUCGACAAUAACUAAAAUGCGACUAACAGAAGGCUUCAACUUUGCUUAUUCUUCUGCGGGAAUUAUUAACAUGGUUUUAGAGGUACAAAUGCAAGGUUCUCAAGGAGAAUGCUAUCCUUGCAUUAUCCAAUACAUUAUUUUCCCUCCUCAUAUGAUAAGUAAUCCUGCAUUAGAUAGAACUACUGAAUCUGAAGAAGAUACUGAUGCAGGAACAGGUGAUGGUGAAGGAUAUAACGAGGAUAGUGAAAGUAAUGGAGAUUACCAGAUUGUCACCGAAAUAUGGAUAGAACCCCAAUGUGGUCAAGUGAAAUCACUAAUUCAUUCAACAGCGUCGUAUAUGGAAUCUUUAUCAUACCACCAGUUAUCAAGUGCGAUUGCUCAGGUUGAUGAGGAGUGUUUUAAUGCAUUAUUGACGUUAGAACACUUGAGUUUAUUAACUCAAGUAGAUCCUCACGACAAUAGUAUUGAAUUUUCCAAUGGAUGUCAGCAACAAGCUUCUCAAUAUAUUCCGUAUAAUAACUGUUCACAUAAAAUAUCAAGAAGAAUUUCUGUACCAAGUUUUUCACAGUCAAAAUACUUAUCUGAUGAAUUAUCAGAUGAAGGAAUUCAUUCAAAACUCUUCAAUUUCGAUAUGUUAAAUAUUUUAUCAAAAUGUCAGCAAGCAGAGCUAUUAUUUUCUAUGUUUGUUGACAGUCACACUGAUGAAAAUAGAGAAGAUACUAAUAAUAUUUUAAUGGAAUGUUUAAUUGAUGAAAUAAAGAGACUGAAUGAUAAAGAAUUAAUUUUGACUAUUUCGGAGUCACAAAAAUUUACUGAAAUGCUUUUUUAUAGACCAAGAGAAGAUGGAAAACCACUUCCUUUUUCUUUAGAUUCAGGAGAAAAAUUGAAGAACAACAUGCGCUGGCGAUGUUUUAUCAAAGGUAUAAAUUCGACCCACAUAAUAAUAACUAUUUUGCCCGCAUCUGACAAAGACGUACGGAACUUGAUGAAUCCAAUUUCAAGAACUCGAAAAUAUUCACGAGAAAGGUCAGCAGAAAGGAUAGAUUCAAUGUCCCAAUGUAGUUCAGCAAAUCCAACAAUAAAUGAAGAGCUUUUAACUUCAUCUUGGACUGAAAGUCCGAAAAGGCUGGAUUUAAAUCCAAGUGUAAGAAUGAUUGAGUUUGAAUCAAAUCUAUCUAGUCGAACAACAACAGCAGAAAGUACACCAAAAGUCGAACGACGAAGACGUAUAUCAUCUUCAGGAAUAAAACCUGGAUUAAUUUUGCCCAUUUACGUUUAUGAUUGCUCAUUAGCUUUUCUAAUUGAAGUAUUAGUAGGUAAAUUGAAGGCACCACGCUCGAAAGAUAUUUAUCAGAAUAAUACGUUUACAAUUGGUCAACAAAUGCAUGAAGAUUUUAUUAAUCUAAAACCACCAAAUGAUUGUAAAUCAACAUCUCCAGAACCGAAGAGUGAGGAUUCUGAUAAUUUAUCUAAUGAUCAACGGAGUUUAUUAGAGCAUUGCAAACUUUUAAGCCUUGCUCACUGUCACUGCUAUGUUGUCGCAGUAUAUAAAUCAUUGGCUCUACAACUUCAGCUCUCCUACGAGGAUAUGGAAGCUGCAGUGGAGCAAUGUGAAGAGUCUCUUAUUGAAAUAAACAUCACCACUUACCUUCGAACAGUCUGUAAACAUCUUAAUAAUUCAUUUAAAUCUGAAAACUCAGAUGAAUCAAAAGAAUUAGAUUACACAAACAAUACAACGUGUACUGAAGUUCAACCUCUUCAUAAUUUAAUUACAGAAAAAUUUCGUAAAAUCAUUACUAUAGCUUUCAAACCAGUACCAGCACAUCCAGAAUUUUAUUAUUACUCUCCCCAAUAUACUUCUGAAAGAUUGGAUCCAAUGGAAUUUCAUAGAUCAGAUAGUGAUGAUGAUUCAAAUUUCAUUUUUCAUUCGGAGGCUAUAGAUUGUAAACUAGAUAAUACUAUGGGGAAAAAUAAUGUUACCUCAACAGCUACUUGGCCAAAUACAAAAAAAAAAAAUACAAAAAAUACUGCAUAUGAUUCAACAGAGUCUUUAAUUAGUGACUUAAGGGAAGAUGAAAGUAGUCUAAAAGAACAACCAUUAUUUUUACAAUUAAAUUGUUCUGUUCAUUCUGGCUCAAGUUUUUCAAGUAUUCCUGUCAAAUUACUUCCAACAUGUUUUGCAGAAAUUAGACAAAGAUUAGACGAAUAUGAAGAUUCAAAUGUAAAAAAUUUAAAAAUUACUUUAGAUAUAAUUUGUUUAAAUUUACCUAAAGAUGUAUUAGAUGUAUGUUUAGAGAAUGAUCCUGAUUUAAGAGCAUCAUCAUACUGUAGUUCUUCAUCAACUGGAAGUGUUGGAACAGACAGCGAAAGCAGUCCAGACAAUGAUAAUGCAUUACUUGAUAAACAACCAGCUAGAGAAAGAAUAGCACAUCUUCCUUCUUAUCAACAUCAUGCUAUUUCCACUUUAACUGCUGAAAUUGAAUGGUUACUAAGAGAUGAAAUAGCAACAGCGCUUUUAGAUUUCAGUCCUCCAACUGAAGAGACUUUAAAUUUUGUAGCUCGACAUGUAGCUGAAUCUAGUGGUAAAACAAGCUGUCAUUUUGAUAAAGUUCCUCUUCAUUUUGUCUUAUCAUCACCUGGCAAUACUCCUAAAUUUAUGGAAGAACUAAUAAAGAUGCAAAUCGAUAGGUAUACAAUUAGAAGAUUAGAAGAAUUUUUAUACUUUGUUAAAGAUGAUAAAAUAAUGCAUGAACACGCUGGAAGAACAGAUAAUUGUGAAUUAAAUGAAAGAGAUGAUGAAGAAAAGACUGAAAAAUCAUCAGCUAUUCCAGAUCUAGAUGAUUCUGAUGGUUUACAGGAUGCUAAUAGUAGAACCAGUCGACAGGAUUCAGGCGAAAAUCCUGGGUGUCAAUCAGAAAUUUCCAGUAUUGGUGAACGACCUGGAACAGAUGGUUAUGAUGAUGGAUAUGAAGGAGACAGUAGUAAUUCUGAUGAUUGUUACUGGUUAACUGAUUUAGACAAACGAAGAGAAUCUUUGCCUAAUUUUUGGCUUAUUCUUCAAGUCAGAAAAAAUCAUGUUGAUGUUUAUUUUCAUUGUAGAUUUUUAGAAAUCGCUUCCUCUGAAGUCGAUCGAUAUAGACAAGUUCAAAAAUUGGUUGUAAGUCAAAUAGCAUCAAUAUGUCGUCGAGUAAAUCAAUAUUUACUUCUGGAGAGUUUAAAUAAUACUAGAAACUGUGAUCCACUACUGGAACCUGAGUCUCAUGAAGAUCACGUUUGGAGAGCUGAUUCGAAUGGAUCAAGCGCUAUAACUAAACAUAAUGAAUCAGGCAUCAACAUGGUUCCAGGUAUGUUUAGAUGUUCUGUAGUAUGGGAAGAAACAUUUUGUCUACAUCCUAGACUAAAAACAGGACAGGGACGAUCUGUAUUGUCUCGAGGAAUCAAAGCUCUUCAAGUAGUUUUAAAUCAUCUAUCUGUUAACAAUAGAAAUAAUAUGUUUGUUUAUAGAGAAAGUACUUCAAAUGUUUUUUAUCUUCGUCUUCAUGAACAAACAAGUGAUGGCAAGUCUUUGCAGAAUAAAUUAUCGGAGAGCGAUGAACGAUUAAUGGUAUCAAGAAGUAACAGUGUAGCUUCUUUAUCUCAAACAAGAAUGAGUCAUCCGUUAGAUCAAAGUAAAAUCGAUGACACUAGACCAAGAGUUCGAUCAUUUGGAGAAAAAGAUUCAGAUUAUAUGAAUAAAUCUGAUGAUUCCAUUGUCUUAAUGGUACAUGGAAUUUCUGAACCAGGGUUGGAAAUAAGACGUGAUCUUGUUCAAGCAUUACACAAUAGAUUAGACGAUGCAGUACUUGAAGUAUUAUCUGUGAUGUUAGCUAGAAAUCCAAUGUGUAAGUUAACACCAGCAGAUGUCCAUUUCAUUCAGAAGCCGUACAGAUCACCUGAGAGUUAUGUACAAUUUUCCACCCAGCCUUACUAUCUUAAACAUAUCGAUGCUUUAGCAUAUUAUUUACGUCAGAAUAUUUUGCAGUUUUUAUACAUUCCAAAGUAUACCGAUCCAAGAGCUUACUAUCAUCUUCAAGAUUAUUCCCAGCCAGAAGGAUCAAAGAAAAGAGUUCCUGAAACAGAUAUCUUUUUGAAUAAUCAAGCUAAUCAAAACCAAUCCAGUGGAAAUAAAGGAAUUGCUUGCAUUGCAAUGGCGGUUGAUAGAGAAAUUUCUUUAGAAAAUCAUACUGAAUUUCCAGCGUUAUUAAGAAUAAAAGACUUUGCGAAUGUAGUAUCUACGACUGAUUAUGAAGGCAAAACUCGAUCUGAUUCGCUACCUGAUGUGCCUAUUGAGUUUAGAAUUUGGAAACAAGGAAGAGUAAAUGUAGAUACAUUGAAAGAGAAACUCAGAGCGGCCAUAAAGCAUUCCAUCUGGGAUUUAGUAACAGAAUAUUAUCUUUUUAGGAUUCCUUUAACAGUACCUUUUGGUGAAAAAAAAUCUGAAGUAAACAGACAAAAUUCUGAAGAAAAAAUAGAAUCUCUAAAGCCUCAAGUUCAUCCAAAAAUUUCAGAGGGCAACAAAUUAAAUUCUUUUGAACUCGGUGAAGAAGGUAAACUUCAUGAAAUUUAUCAUAAAACUCUUCCGUGUUGGUUUCAAUUUGCUUUAGAUAUGGGAGUUUCUUCUGUGAAAAAAUAUGUUGUUAAUAUUCAUCAUAGACAUCCAAUUUCUACAACAGUAAGAGAACUACAAAAUUUAAUUCGAGUUAAUGCGCCGGAUACAACUACACGUGCGUUUGUUCUUCGUCAACGUCAGCCAUUCCUUAUCAACGACACAAUUGCCUCAGAAAUUUUAUUACCUUUUAAACAAUUAGAUAGUAAUUAUGAUAACUCGGAAAAUAGUUCGAAUGACUUUUCUACCAAAAAAACAAAACAUGAUAGUAAAGAUAACAAUGUUUUCAAGUACGAUCAUGAUGACGAUGAAGAAAUUAUUUAUGUGCCAUGUGAAUUUAAUACUGAUGAUCCAAAAACUUAUUCCAAAGCUUUCAUAGUAGCUAGAAAUUUUAGUCAAUGGAAAGCUUCAUUCAAUGAAAAUCCAGAACCAGAGCUGUUGAUGCCAAAAGAUCAAAAAUUAUUUCAAAAAUUUAAUCCUUUGAUUCAGGAAUCAAACUUUAUUCCAAGACAGAGAAUAUUACUAGCUAAAGUGCAAGGAGAUCAGUUUAUUUUAUAUAUGUAUAAUUGGUCUAAGGAACGAUCAGAAAAAUUAAUAAAACAAGCGACGAAUUUAGGAGCUUGGCUAUCUUCAAGGUCACUUCUAUACUCUAAUGUUUUCAUGCAAAAAUUAGGAAUAUUCCAUCAUAGGCCUAUAGAUUCGUAUCGUGGAAGAGAUGAACAUGGUCUUCAGUACUGUCAAAUAACAGAUAUCGAGACUGUAAUAAAAUUUCCAGUGUCUAAUUUGGAAAUGAAUGAAUGGGCAAGAUCUGGUAAUAGACUGGCUAGUGGUCGAAAUGUUCAUUAUUCGUGGGAUCGCAUGACAGGUCAAGUAAUGCGAGAUUCUCGGCCGAGUGGUCAUUAUCCACCCAACACAACUGACCCAGUGGUAAAAGCGGUCUAUGAUCUUCAAGAUUUGCAUCAAAGAGAAAGAAAAAGCAAAGAAGAUCUUACGAGAUUAUAUACGAUGUGGCAGAGUAGAAGUGCAGUUCCGAAUAGUGUAGUUCCUAUUUCACUAGCAAAUUUAAAUACUUUUAAACAGUAUUCUAGACUUAUUCAUUUCUGUCAUACACCAAUUCUUUUCCUACCACAGUGGAGACUUCAGUCAGCAGCUACUAGAGAUCAUUCGCUUACUCCGCCGUCAUCAAUGUCUCCAACAAGCUCUCAACCUCCUCAACAAACAUCAGAUACUAGUUUUAAAAAGAUAGGAACUGUUAAAGAAAACUCUGAUACUGUUUGGCAUCAAGAACUUUGUGCUUUGAUGAUGUCAGAGUAUAAACAGUAUCUUCAAGUUGUGGAAAAUGGUUUUUGUGAAGUUCAAAUAGAUUCAGGAGUUACAAAUCAAAAAAAUCCUAAUGAAGAUCAAUCUCAAAAAAUUUGUUAUCUCAAAAAAUCAAUGCUUGGAGGCAUUUUGCUGUUUGAAUUAAAAUUCGUGGAACCUUUUUUUACUGCAAAACUUCAUGUGAUUGAAUGCAAUCGUCUACAAUCAAAAUCCAGUUUAGUGAAUCAAUUUAUGCUUAGUUUUGUUGAUGCAUGUGAAAAGAUAAAAAUAAAUAUGCACUUACAUUCGUUUAUGUAUGAUUUCCAUUUACGGUGUAUCCACUCAUAUAUCUCAGGAAGUGGUCAGUGGACAUUGGAGCAGGGUUAUCAUUUGACACAUUUUCUAGAUGAUUUUAUAAAAUAUUAUAGUAAAGCUCCCAAUUUUGCCAGGAAUUUAGUAUACAGUGAUGUGAUUACAGUAAAUAAUUUAACCACUCCAGCUCAUACUCUGUAUUCCUAUUUAUUAUCUCAUGAAAAGACGUAUGGAAUGCAAGUAUUUGGAAUGGCAAAUGAUUCCUUAGAUGCCAGAGAUAGUGAAUAUGUUCUAGUCCGAUUACAAAGUACUCCUCUUGUAAGCUAUACUGAUGCUCAAGAUACGAAGUACACUGAUGACUUUACAGUUAUUUUAAUUGUAUCCAAGCAGGAUUUAUCUCCUCAAAUCGAGAAGUCUGAGAUAAUGCUCAAGUACUAUUUAAUCCUCACAAGUAAAAGAGAACUGUAUCCUAAGAAGGAACUGGAAAAUAGUAAAUUAGGUAAAUUUAGGACGGUUUACAGUGUAGCAAGAACCACAAGUGGAUCUCACGUAGAGAAUUUUCUUGAAUCAACUCCAACGACCUCAACUCCAUCAUCUGAUCGGAGCUCUAGAGAUGAGACAAAUGUUGAUUAUGAAUUUUCUGAAAGUAAUUCUACUUCAACAGUACAGACAAGACGAGAUAGUAAAAUUGAUGAAGAUAAAGAUGUUGUUGGUCCUGUAUUAGCUCCAACACCACCACCAGUACCUGAUUCCCCUCUGAUGCCAAGCACUACUAGAGGCAUUACAUCAUCAGAAAUAACUUCUCCACAUCUGUUUCAAAUAAGACAAGAAUCGGUAAAUUAUUUGGGUUAUUAUUCAUCACAUGAGCAACUGAUGCAGCAACAAAUCAUCUCCCAAGCUCGUGCAGCUAGGCAGCAUAUCAGUAGCAUGAUAGAUAGAGGAAUGCUUCAUUGUCGGACUCAUUUAUUGUGGAAUAAGUUGCUAGAAAGUAAAUCGACGAUGACUUACACUGAAUUUAUGGAACUAAGAUCAUUGGCAAGAGUUGAUCCGUUAUCUAGUUUAGAUCCAAGACUGAGCCCUUUUGGAAAUCAACCACUUGCUUGGUAUCAAACUCUUGCUAAAGUUUUGCAAAAUAAAUAUCAAGAACAUCAUAAACAGUUCAGUACAGCUGAUGGAAAUGUUACCCAUCAUCUUAUUCUUCAUCCCAGUUAUCUUCAGGCAUUCAUGAUGCUUACCAUAGAUCUUCACACAUCUAGAGGGGAAUUGUAUGCGGUUUACCGAAAGUCUGGCGAAAUAACAAGUACUCCAUUUAGUGUUAGCGAGAUCCACAGUUUAAUUGAAGGCUUCGUUAAUGCUUGCUGUUUUCAUUUAUGGAUGGGUCUUUACAGUCAAUAACAAUACAUUAAACUUCGAUUCAUAUUUCCGAAGACUCUCGUUGAUUCUCACUCUCAUUUCCACAUCGUUGUUCACAAUGUCAACGAAUUUGGCUAUAAAAAACUAUAUUCUUAAUACCACGUAUGUAAAUGUAUGUGUAAAUAUGAAAUAUAUAUUUUUCUGUUACAAA